GAAGGGGAGGGUGAGGCCGGCGGCCGGGCACCGACCGUGGCCACGGCGCCCGGCGGUGACCCGGAGAAGCGCCAGCGCCGUCCCCCUGGCUGCACCUGUAGCGGCGAAGCCGCCCGGGCGCAGUUCCACCCCGACCGGCUCCACCGCCUGCUACAGGCAGGCCCGGCGGCGGGAGCUGGCCCUUUAAGGCAGGCUGGUGCGGCACUCGCGGGGUGCCUGGUCCUUUAAGAGCUGGCCCCGCCCCCCCAGCCCAUGAGCCCGACGAGUUCAGGCAGCCUCAGGUGCAGGGCCGGCGGGGUUUGGCGCUGACCCUCCCUUCAUCUCCCUGGCGCCAUGGCCAUGAGGGAGCUGGUGGAACCGGAGUGCGGGGGCUCCAACCCCCUAACGAAGCUGGCUGGCCACUUCACCCAGGACAAAGCCUUGCGACAGGAAGGACUUCAGGGCCCGCUGGCCUGGCCCCCGGGGGCUCCCGGAGCUGCAGCUGUAUCCAAACCACUGGGAGCAGCCACUGAAGAUGAGCUUGUUGGAGAGUUCCUGCAGGAGCAGAAUGCUCCUUUACUGUCCCGUGCACCGCAGACCUUUAAGAUGGAUGACUUGUUGGCUGAGAUGCAAGAGAUUGACCAGUCAAGCUUCCGGCAGGCUCCUCAGCGAGCUCCAGGUGUGGCAGCCCUGGCACUGUCUGAAAACUGGACCCAGGAAUUUUUGGCUGCAGUAGAUAGUGCUGGUGAUGUCUCUUCAGAUUACAAUGAGGCUGACUGGUCACAGGAGUUCAUUGCUGAAGUGACAGAUCCGUUGUCUGUGUCUCCUGUCAAGUGGGCAGAAGAGUACCUAGAGCAGUCAGAGGAGAAACUGUGGCUUGGGGAAUCAGAAGACCAGUCUUUGGCAGAUAAAUGGUAUGAGGAAUAUCAACCUGAGGAUGAUCUUAAGAAAACUGUUAGUGAUUUCCUCUCUAAAGUGGAUGAUCCAAAACUCAAGAAUUCUGAGUUCCUAAAGUUUGUCUGCCAGAUCGGAGAUGGGAGGGUAUCGAUCGAAGCUAAUCAGGUGACCCACAGAGACCAAGAUCAGGCAGAGCAGUGGGCAGCUGAGUUUAUACAGCAGCAGGGGCCAUCCGAUGCCUGGGUGGAUCAAUUUGCGCGAUCUGGGAACAUGUCAACUCUUGAUACGGAAUUUGAGCAGGCAAAGACUGCUGUGGAGUCAGAUGUGGAUUUUUGGGACAAACUCCAGGCAGAAUGGGAGGAGAUGGCCAAGAGAGAUGCAGAGGCUCACCCUUGGCUCUCUGAUUAUGAAGACCUCAGCUCCUCAUCAUAUGACAAGGGUUACCAGUUUGAAGAAGAUAAUCCCAUGAGAGAUCACCCAGAUGCAUUUGAAGAGGGACAGAAGCGCUUGGAGGAAGGUGACCUUCCCAAUGCUGUCUUGCUCUUUGAGGCUGCGGUGCAACAGAAGCCAGAUCACAUGGAGGCCUGGCAAUAUCUGGGAACCACCCAAGCAGAGAAUGAACAGGAGCUUUUGGCAAUCAGUGCCCUCAGACAGUGCUUGGAACUGCAGCCUGGGAACCUCACAGCACUUAUGGCUUUAGCGGUCAGCUUCACUAAUGAGUCUUUGCAGAAGCAGGCAUGCGAGACCCUGCGGGACUGGCUGCACCAUAAACCAGACUAUGCCCACCUGCUGGAGAAGGAACCAGAAGAGAGUGUCUCGGGGACAAACCUGGGGCUUUCCAAGCAUGUCCUCGGUUCCCUGCUGUCCGACUCGCUGUUCUUGGAGGUGAAAGAACUGUUCUUAGCAGCUGUGCGCAGCAACCCCUCCACUGUGGAUCCUGAUGUUCAGUGUGGCCUGGGUGUCCUUUUCAACCUUAGUGGUGAAUAUGAGAAGGCUGUGGAUUGCUUCAGUUCCGCACUCAGCGUGCGCCCCAAUGUAAGGAAGGGCAGACUGUGGAUGCUGGAGGACCAUCUUCUGUGGAACAAGCUUGGUGCCACCCUGGCCAAUGGGAACCGGAGUGAGGAAGCUGUGGCUGCAUAUCGCCGGGCACUGGAGCUCCAGCCAGGAUACAUCCGCUCUCGCUACAACUUGGGCAUCAGUUGCAUCAACUUAGGUGCCCACCGUGAGGCUGUGGAGCACUUCUUAGAGGCUUUGCACAUGCAGCAGAAGAGCCGAGGUCCACGGGGGCAGCAAGGCGCUAUGUCUGACAACAUCUGGAGCACCCUCCGCAUGGCCCUCUCCAUGCUGGGGCAGAGUGACCUGUACGGGGCAGCUGAUGCCCGUGAUCUUCCCACACUGCUUAAGGCAUUUGGCCUCCAGCAGUGACUCUGGGAUGGGCUCUCCUGUGAGUGCAGGGUUAGCCCAUGCCAGCGGUGAGCUUCCUUAGAGAGAAAAUGUUCACUAGGAUUCACACAUCUCUUUGCUCGGGUAGGGCAGAUCAUUUGCAACAGUUUGUUGGUUUUUUUUUUUUUUUUUUUUCAAGGACCUCCUGCUGAAGCAUGCAACUUCCCCCUACCUGUCUGUUGUGGCCUGAGCAUCUCUGAGUGGUUCAUGUUAUCGCCUCCAUGACUAGCUGACACUCUGCUGGUAGGCAGAUGAUCAAAGUGGGGUAGACAGCAACAUCCAGUCCUCUUGCCAGACUGCAUUUGCAGUAAUUCCCAGCUUGGCUACGAGACCUUACAGUAGUCAUUCUGCAGAGACUACCUGUUGGAUGCGUCUUGAAUGCAGGUUGCUUUGGUGGGGUAAGAUUGCCAUUUGGUGAAAGGAAGAAAAAUUCUGGGUUUGGAGCAUGCUUCACCCAUGUAUGUGCUUGCAUGUGUGUAUAUGUGGGUUGCUGGAGAAAACUAAGGUCAGCAGUCCCCUUUUCUGGGUACUGGUAACUUCGUGGUACAGCCAGAUGCUAGUUUCUCAGUGCCUCUUCAUGGUGAACCUUUCAAGAGCAGAAUAUUGUACUUGUGCUAAUGACACAGGUGGAGGCCCUUACCCUUUCAGGGUAAGAGGACGUCCCGGAGUUCAGACUUGAGGGAAUGUGUUAGGAAUAAAAGUCUAAAAUGUAACCUCCCCUCCCACAAUAUGAUGGGGGGAAAAGAGUCAUCUUAAUUUUCACUUGAUCAUCUGUCAUUGUUUUCCUUUGUGCAAAAGUUCUCCAUCUUGUAUGUAACUGAAUCUUGUUAAUUAUAAAUAUCUAUAUAUGAUUCUAUUGGGGAAAAUGUUUUUUAAUUGUAAAGUAUUUUGUAUAAUAAAAGGGGGAGAAUUAAAAUUGCCAAAAUGACA